AAACCUUAUUGUCACGUGCUACUAUACAGCACCAGCUUCGCAUCCGCAAAAUUUGUGCAGGACCAAGUCACGAACGGAUAGCAACCACAAGUCCUCCUGUAGUGGAUUAAAUUGAUUUGUGGAACCGUAUACACUCAAAACAUCUGAAAAGUGCACUCAAUUUUACCGUUCGUUUGGACUGGCAAUUUACUGUUACUUAGAUGCGUUACAUCGCUGCUUACCUGCUCCUUCAAAUCGGAGGCAACGCCUCUCCCUCCGCCGCCGACAUUAAAAAGGUCCUCUCUGCUGUUGGAAUCGAGUCCGAUGAGGACCGCCUCUCCAGCUUGAUCUCUGAGCUCUCCGGCAAGAGCGUCGACGAAUUGAUUGCUGAGGGCUCUUCCAAGCUCGCCUCUGUUCCCUCUGGUGGUGCAGGAGGUGCUGCUGCCCCUGCCGCCGCCGCCGGUGGUGCCGCUCCUGCUGCUGCUGAAGAGAAGAAGGAGGAGAAGGAGGAAGAGAAGGAGGAGUCCGACGACGACAUGGGCUUCGGUCUAUUCGAUUAAACUGCUGUAUCUCUACUAGCUUUUUAUUACGAUUUGAUUGUAUUGCAUUGUCUGUCGUUCGAACUGUUUGCUUUCUGGCACUGUUACAUUACGAGGCGACUCGUUGACUUCAAGCUGCACCUUAUUUGUGAAUUUAUGGAUUUGUCGACUUGCAAGCAAUCGGAGGUGUCGGUACUCCAAUGAAUUCCUAUGAAUUGCAAAGCGAACUAUUCAC